AUGCCGCAACAUAAGACUAAGACUAACGAUGUUCCAAUACAUGCUGCACAACUUAUCCCUGAGCAAACAGUUCUAAGUUCUGCCAUCGGGUUUUCAUUACCACACUGUAUAUCUGAGUUUCCAACUGCACAAGAUUUUGGUGUUCUCUUUGUUCUAAAAGGCAGUUCAAAAAGGGAUUGUUAUGCAAUGUUGGAGUAUGAAUGGGCGAAACCAUCAACAAUAAUGCUUUCCAGUGAAGGGGCUGUUCAAGAAUCGAACCAGAACCAGAACCAGAACCGUCAGAUUUUUUACCCUUACUCAGUCUCCCAAACCGCCGCUGAAACGGCUACUUUUUUUAACCCUAAUCCCCAUUUCAUCACCACUGCCACUUCUCACCACCAGCACCCAUUUCAUCAUACAGAAACCCUAAAUAGUAACACCCAACUGACUAAUCUGUAUGACCCAAGCGUUUAUGGCAACUCGUCAGCUUCAUCCUAUCCAGCGGAGGCUUCAAUGCUCAGAAUUGAACCGGAUGGUCCGACCGGGUACAAGUUGAUGCCAAAGAGUGAACUGGUGGUUGGUGGGGUCGAUUUUAAUUCUAAUGCUAGUAGAAUUGGGCUGAAUUUGGGUGGGAGGACUUAUUUUGCUUCGUCUGAGGAUGAUUCUGUGAACCGGCUCUACCGUCGGUUCAGAGCAGUCGAGCCUGGUCUGGUGAACUCCCUUAGGUGCCAAGCUGAUGGAUGCAGAGCUAACCUCGCCCACGCCAAGCACUACCACCGCCGCCACAAGGUGUGUGAGUUCCACUCCAAGGCCUCCACGGUCGUCACCGCCGGGUUGACUCAGCGAUUCUGCCAACAAUGCAGCAGAUUCCAUACGCUGUCGGAAUUCGAUAAUGGGAAGAGAAGCUGCCGGAAAAGGCUGGCUGACCAUAACCGCCGGAGGCGAAAAUCCCAGCAGUCAAUCCAAGAACUUAUUAACAAGUCUUAG